GCCCGCGGAGUCCCAACCGUAGAAAAACAAAGCCCCGGAUAACAACAAAACUCAUAUUUUACAUUAAAGUGCACACGGGAAUCGGUUUUAUUGGAUCUAACCCGACGAUAGAGGUCGUCUUUCGGUGUUUUUCAUCGCUGUUUAAAGCCUUUCGGGCGAUGUUGUUUAUUUGUAGUAAGGGGGGGCUUGAAACCGCCCUCCCUUGCCCCAUUUCCUCGGUUGUUUUCCUUCUCUCGCCUGGAUUCUCCAUGUUGUUGGUGCAAGAGUGAAGGCUUCGCAGCGACGGGUAGAGGGGGGCUGCUCGGCGAUACUACCCGUAAUAGUAGUGGUAAACCCGAAACGACGGAGCUGACAGAGACUCAUAUACCCUCCAAAAAAAUAUAUAUCCAAGUGCCUUGCCCCCUCCCCGGGCGGCGGACCUCCAAGAAAAGAAGAAGAAGCGGGGGAAUAAAGAAACCCAGGAACCAGAUACAUCCUACUCUCAUCGGGGAUUUGUUACUGAGGCGGAUGACAAGUUACCUCGGCGAAUAAUUGAGUAGACUUUUCAAUAAAACCCAAUGAGGGAUGCCCAUCAGUGCUCGCGGACAGGAUUUGAGGAUUUUGAGGGCUCCGUGAUUGUCAGAUGGAAAGUUCUGUUAUCACCCAAGUGCAGAAAGAAGACGUUCAAGUGUCACCGAAAACAGGCCAGGUGAGCCGGUCUGCCCUAAAACAGCCUCGGAGUUGUAACAUCUUCAAAGCACUCUUCUGUUGCCUCAAAGCUCAGGAUGGCCCCAAACCACCACCAACACCACCACAUCACCAUCAGGCCUUGCUGGAGUCGCAAGAAAAUGGGACGGUUGUCAAGCAACCUGAACCUAGCCUCCUGCCUGAGAUGGAGGCCCAGGACCAAGGGAAGAUAUGCGUGGUCAUAGACUUGGAUGAGACCCUGGUGCACAGCUCAUUCAAGCCUAUUAGUAAUGCAGACUUCAUCGUUCCUGUGGAGAUAGAGGGGACCACACACCAGGUGUAUGUCCUGAAGAGGCCGUACGUGGAUGAGUUCCUGCAGAGAAUGGGAGAGUUGUUUGAAUGUGUGCUGUUUACAGCCAGUCUCGCAAAGUAUGCAGACCCAGUGACGGACCUGCUGGAUCACGCAAGUGUAUUCCGGACCCGGUUAUUCCGGGAAUCUUGUGUAUUCCACCAGGGCUGCUAUGUCAAAGAUUUGAGCCGCCUGGGCAGAGAUCUCCACAAAACCCUCAUCCUGGAUAACUCUCCUGCCUCCUACAUCUUCCACCCUAAUAAUGCUGUUCCUGUGGUGUCAUGGUUUGAUGACGUGGAUGACGCUGAGCUGCUCAACCUUCUGCCGGUGUUUGAGGAACUUAGUCAAGCUGAUAAUGUUUACACCCAGCUGGACCAGCUUCGUGGACAUUAAGUUCUCAGAGGACCUGCUCUGCAGCUCUCUGAAAAGCUCCAGCUUGAAACUUCUUUGUUGUUGUAUUAGCGUGGGGGUUAAGGAAAUCCUAAGCCUGAAAAACACAAUGUGUUUGGCUGAGCUGAAACUAUAGAUUGCAAUCUGAGGCCUUUCCUGUGAACCUCAGUGCUGAUUAUUGACAACCACUAUUUGAAAGAGCGGGAAUCAACAACCAAAGCAAUCCCAUCACAAUCACUCCAGUUACAAUAUUAAAGUGGUUCUUUUGCCAAAGCAGAAGCCUGCCUGCCCUGACUUGACUUUUGGACUUCUUUUUUUUUCAUUCUUGUGCCUUUUAUGGAACAACAACAACAACAAAAAACAUCAGCUCUUUUUUUAGAUUUCCACCAGAUUUUAUACAUUUAUUGAUUUCUUUUUAUAGGUUGUUUUAUAAGGAAAUCUAUUUUUAAAUGGUGAACAUGGUUCCUCUAUGCAACCCAGUUCUGUAAGUACAUGGACAGUACCUCCCAAGUAGCCAGUCAAUAAUUGCAUUCAUCAGAUGUAAACAUUACUGUAGCCUUAUUUACCUGUAAGGGAGCAGCAAAACAAAAGUGUAUUUCACUUAUUUGUUCUAUAAAUAUAAUUUCUACAAACCAUGCGAAUAUACAUCAUUAGUAGUCCAAUUAGUAUUUGAUAUGUUAAGUAAACAGGGUGAAAUCUUGUCUUUGAUGGUCCGUUGAAAGCAGACACACUGGAAUAUGUUGGCACAUAGGACGACCAUAAAUGCCAGUUUUCAUUCGAGGUUUAAUAAUAACUCGUUUGUUACUAUGUUUUUCUUUUAUUACGAUAUGACAAAUAACUUGCACUUGUUUUAUAUUGACAGUGCUGAAAGUAAAAACUGUGCCUUUGAUAUCCGGACAGAGAAUGGUGUUCUGCCUGAAAAAGAGAUUUGUAGGCCUACACACUCUGAUGUGUCAUGCUGAGCGUGAGAAAACACUGUCAAGAGCAAGUGUAAUGCCGUGCGGCUGUGGUACUUGCAGUGCAACACUUGAAAUAUCAAAUUUGUUAGCAUGUGUGAGUGUUUUUUUUCUAUAUUUAUUGGCCAAAAAUCUGUAUUAUCCAGUACUUCUUAAUGCUUAACAUUGUUUUGUAUCCAUUUGCCUACUUUGAGGCUGGCCUUGUAAUUAACUGUUUAAUCUGUGCCUAAAAUUCACACAUUUUGCUGUCAAAGUUCAAAGAUAAUUCAAAACUCAAGCAGGUAAAUCAAAUAAACAAAUAGAUGUAAAUCCAAGAUUCAAUCAUGUAAGAGUACAUUUUCUUUUUUAAUUUUUUAUUCAGUACAAAAGAUAUUUUAUGGGGGGUGUUUCCUGGGUAAUAUGCUUUUUCUAUGAUGUUUAAUGUCUGAUGCAAUUAUUGCCUGCAUGUUAACUAGUAAAAUAUGACAAUGAAAUUGUA